UCUCUCUCUCUCUCUCUCUCUCUCUCUGUCUCUGAGCUCGUGCGGAGCUCCGUGCGCGCGCUGUGAUUGCAGAGCAGUCAGUGCUCAUCUUCAGCACGAGCUCCACUUACCUGAGCACGCGCUCCACAGAGCAGAUCCUCAAGCGCGCGCGCGCUGUCCCCAACAGAGGAAUUACUAUCUCCUAUCUAACCCUGAUCAUCCCUCAACAUCUCCACUGAACAUCUCCACUAAAUAUCUCCACACGUCUCCUCCAGAAUGAACUGGACUCUACCAGCGACUCUACACGGUCUGACUGAAGGCGACGUGUCCACCAGUUCAAGAAUGUUGGGAAUCUGACAGAGGCGACGCCAUGGAUCCCUGGAUAUUUCCAUCCUCGCCCCCCAACCUGACCGAGCCCCCCAUGUACGACAGCUACAUGCUGAGCAACGACUCGGACCCGCCCCCAAAGAACAACACCGACAACGACAACCCCAAUCCCGGCACGGUGGUGAUCACCUUCAUCUACUUUGUGGUUUGCGCCGUAGGGCUCAGCGGUAAUACCCUGGUUAUCUACGUCAUCCUGCGCUACGCCAAGAUGAAGACGGUCACCAACAUCUACAUUCUCAACCUGGCUGUGGCCGAUGUGCUCUUCAUGUUGAGUCUGCCGUUCAUCGCCAUCCAGCUGGCUCUGGUGCACUGGCCUUUCGGUUUGGCGCUGUGCCGCGUGGUCAUGACCGUUGACUCUUUGAAUCAGUUCACCAGCAUCUUCUGCCUGAUGGUGAUGAGCAUUGAUCGCUACCUGGCCGUGGUGCACCCCAUCAAAUCCACCAAGUGGAGAAAGCCUCGGGUGGCCAAGACCAUCAACCUGGCGGUGUGGGGGGUGUCUCUACUCGUCAACAUGCCCAUCGUCAUCUACAGCGGCUUGAUCACCAAACCAGGCGGCUGUUUCUGCACCAUCGUUUGGCCGGAGCCGGAGGAGGCGUACUACACCGCCUUCAUGUUCUACACCUUCUUCCUGGGCUUCUUCCUGCCGCUGUUGGUGAUCUGCUUGUGCUACCUGCUCAUCAUCGUCAAGGUGAAGUCCUCCGGGAUACGGGUGGGCUCGUCCAAGCGUAAGCGCUCCGAGCGGAAGGUGACGCGAAUGGUCUCCAUCGUGGUGGCCGUCUUCGUCUUCUGUUGGCUGCCUUUCUACGUCUUCAACGUGACGUCGGUGACGGGCUCCAUCAGCACCACACCCAUCCUGAGGAGCACCUUCGCCUUCGUGGUGGUGCUGGGAUACGCCAACAGUUGUGCCAACCCUAUUCUGUACGCCUUCUUGUCGGAGAACUUCAAGAAGAGCUUCCAGAACGUUCUGUGCCUGAAGAAGGUCGGCGGACUCGAUGAGAUUGAGCGCAGCGACAGUCGGCAGGACAAGUCGCGAAUGAUGAACGACCCUACGGAGACCCAGAGCACGCUGCUGAACGGAGACCUGCAGACCAGCAUCUGAGCUUGGUUACUUCUGAAUGUCCUGAAUGUCCUGAAAGUCCUGAACGUCCAGGGAAACACUUGUUUAGUCCAAGUUUAGAGUGUUUGGGUUUCAAAACCCAACAGAUUCAGGUCAAAGUACUCAAAGUCAACUUGCGUUACCAGUGUCAGGAUUGGAAUUGGGUCGUUUUAUUGAACUCCUUUUAUUGAACCCAUUGGUGGGUCAUCUUAAACAUCUUGUCCAAAAGAUAUAAGAAGUCAUGUUCCUUAUUUUUCAGGAACAUUCAGAACUUCCUAAAGUCUGUUCAAGAUGAGGUUACAACAAAAUCAUUGAAUUGUUGGACUAAACGACUAAUCAUUUCAGUUGCUAAUAAGUUUUUGAUGUGUAACCCUGCAUUGACAAGUCAAGACAAGACAAAACAAGACAAGACAAGACAAUCAACAAAAGAGUGUUACAUUAGUGGAAUUCGAGAUGGAAUUUCGAGAUGGAACUGAGCAAACACUCUAGAGUCUGGAGUGGUGGUGGUUGGCAGCCAUUGGCGCCAAAUUUGGUGCCAAAACUGGGUUUCGAACCCACAACCUGGUCAUCUACAACCCAGUGCCCAACCAAACCCUACAGUAUUGUACUCAAACAGGGCCUGUCUUUCCUAAAGUGUCCUAUAAUUGAGUAACUUCAAACAGAAGAGCAUGGUGACCAUGCCGUUCUCCAAAUAACAGAAGGUCAGACUGACAGCAGACCCAUAUAAGGAGGUUUGGAGUUGGGUUGCCUGCAGCUGAGAAUUUGCUCCUGAAAAACAAACAGGCGACCGGAACAGGAGUUCACCACCGCCGCCGCCGCCAGCGCUGGACGUAGAUGGAAUUUGGCCUCCACCUUUGAUCCAUCUGUUGUGUGAACACACAGACACACAAACACUGAAACUGAUAUGGUCAUGCUGGAGUGGUGGGCAGCCAUUGCCUUUCUGAAAAAGAGAUAGAAAAGGAGAAAAAAGUCCACUUUUUCCAAGAGUGGAAGCUUGAAGCUUGAAGAACAUGGGUAUCAAACCUACAUCCAUCAUAACCUGGCAAUCGAUAACUUAUUAUUGAUUCAACUGCUGAGCCAACACUGCACAGAAAAAAAGAUAAUGCGUAAAAUUUACUAAAAAAAAGCAGUUUUGCAACUUUCUGCAUUUGCUUUUUUAAGUAAAUUAAAUUUCAGAUAAGUUUAAGUAACUUCAACUCAGUUUCAAGACUUAAAUAGAGUUACACAGAGUAAAUAAGAGAACUGAACUUCAGUCAAUCCUUUCUUUUAGUAAACUUUACUUCAUUUAUUUUUACUAAAUCAAUCCUUUCUUUUAGUAAACUUUACUUCAUUUAUUUUUACUGAAUCAAUCCUUUCUUUUAUUAAACUUUACUUCAUUUAUUUUUACUGAAUCAAUCCUUUCUUUUAGUAAACUUUACUUCAUU